AUGGAAUUAUUAACAACUGGUUUAAAUGAAAUUUCAAGGGAUUCAGUAUAUCAACCAAUAAUAAAUAUAUUGAAUAAAAUUAGUAGUGAUAGGAACAAUUAUAAAUCAUUCAAAAUAAAUUAUUCCAAAGAAAUUAGAGAGUUAUUAGAUAUAAUUAAACCAGCACAAAAAUUAAUUACAGAAUCAACUCAAGUAAGAAUAGAUUUUAUUCAGACAAAAAAGAUUGACCAUGAAAUAUUUAAACCAAUAAUCAUUAAUAUUGAAAGGGUUAAUGAAAUUAAUUCUAUUAUAAAAGAUAAUGAAGAAAAUGGUAGUGGUAAAAAUGAACAAUUACCAACAACAACAACAUCUCUAAUGGAUUAUUCUAAAACAACUAAAUCUCAAUCAUCAACAUUAUCAUCAACAACAACAACAACAACAACAACAACAACAACAACAAAUUUAAUAGUAGAAUUAAAAAAACUAUUAAUAAAAUAUUCAGAACUUCAUCAGAUGUAUAUUAAUCAACUUUUUGAAAAAGCAAACAAACGUGUAACCAUUUUAUUUGAUGAAUGUCCAUUAUUUAUAAAUGAUAGUUUAAUAUUUAGAGAAAUGGAUUCAUUAACAAUGGUAUACGAUAUUAUAUCAUAUGAUAGUCAAGAACAUUGUUUCACAAAGAAAUCUGAAAGAGGGACUUGCUCUGGUGUAAUAAUGAAUAAUGUAUACUUUAAAACUGAUAAUGGCUGUGGAUUACUUAGACCUGCAAAAGAGAAUGCUGUAUUUGAAUUCUAUAAAGAUCUUUACCCUGAAUCUUCAAAAGGUUCAUCAUUUGUUUCGCCAACUAGCUUUAUGAUUAUUACUGAAAUUCCAAUUUUACCGUCAUCUCCAAUUGAAUGUUCAAAAAGAAAAGAAUUGAUUGAAUUUAAAAGUUUAUAUAAAACAAAUCAUGCUAGAUCAGUAUACCUUAGAAAUCUUGAGUUUGAACGUGAUAUUCUAAAUUCAAGAGUUAGAACUAAUGUAUCGACCCAGGCUUCACUUUUAGUAAAGGGUGAACCACUUGAUAAACUAAUUGAAAAAAAUCGUGAUAGAAUGGAACGAUUUGAAGAUUCAUUAGAUAAUGAAAGUUUUGGUGCUCAUAUUUUAUCAAGUUUAUUAUUGAAUACAACAGAUUAUAAACCAGAUAAUAUUUUCAUUGAAAGUACUACAAAUAAAAUCAUUGGUAUUGAUAAUGAUGAAUGUAUGGAAUUUUAUGAAAUUCAACAAGGUGCAGAUGGAAAACAAUAUGUCCAUUUCAAAAAUAUAUUAUUUUUACUUAAGAAAAAAAUGUCAACCAAAGUGAACCAAAAAAUUCGGGAACAAUAUUUGAAGCAUCAACCAAAUACUUUUAUUUUAUCUUGGUUAUUAAAAAUACUUGAAAAAGAUAAGAAUUAUAAGAAUUUAGUUGAUUUAGCUUUUCCUGAUGAUCAAUCACUACGUAAUCAAACUAACAGUAGUUUAAAAUUACCUUUUACAUUUAAAAAAGGUUGGAUAAAUUCAAUGUUAUCAAGAUUUAAAUUGAUUAAAAGUUUAUUAAAAAUAAAUAAUUAUAAAAAUGGUGGGGAAAUUGGUGGUGGCGGCGGUGGUGUUGGUGUUAGUAGUGGUAGUGGAAGUUUUUAUGGAAUAGUUAGUUAUCAAGAUUUAUUUAAAGAGGUUUUGCCACUUGCAUAUAUUUACUAUCAACGAUUGGAAUCUGAAAGUAUUGGAGACCCAAUUAAUCAAAUUAAAAUAGUAUAUGAAAGAGAAUUUUCAUUUGGAGAUUUACUUUUUAAACAUGAUAUUGAAGCAGAGCCAAAUAAACAUAAAACAAUGAAAUUUGUUGAAAGUAAAGAAAUAUCAAUUAUUGAAACUAUUAAAGAAUUAAUAUUAAAUUCAGGAGAAAAUGAUUUUGAAUCACCAUCUGAUUUUAUAAAAUGGUUAGAACAAAUUCUUAUGUUUAAAAAUUCUAUUGAUAUUAGUAGUAGUAGUAGUAGUAGUGGUAUUGGUGAAAUUAAACUUCAUGAAUCAUUUUAUAAAUCAACAAAAUCAAUAAUUGCAAAUCUUUUUAAAGGUGAAGCAGAUUUUAAAUUAAUUAAUGAUUUUAUUAAUUUUACAAAUUUUAAUAUUAAAGAAUUAUCAGAACCAACAGUAUUUUCAUCAUCAAAAAAUGAUGAUGGGGCUAAUGAAAUACAACAACCUUUACUUCAUUCAACAAUUUAUUCAAAAAAUUUAAAAUUAUUUGAUCAAAUCAAAUUUAUUAUUAAUAAUUUAAAUGUUAAUAUUGAUUUAGUUAAUGAAAAAGGUUUAACAGCAUUAGAUUUAUCAGCAGAAUUAAAUAAUUUUAAACUUUUUAUUUUAUUAAUUGAAUUGGGUGGUGGUAAAGUUUUCAAUUCAUCAAUUAUUAGUAAAUUUUAUAAUUCAUUAAAAGCAAAAGAAAAAUUAGAGUUUAAACCAUAUUUACAAGUUUUAUUUCAUACCAAUCCAAAUGCAGCAUGGUGUAUUUCUUUAAAUUGUUUAUUACCAGAAUAUAGCGGAUCACAAUUGGCUUUAAAUAAACAUAUCAAAACCAUUUCAACCGUUGUAAAAGGUAGAAGAAAAAUUUCAGAAGAACAUUUUUAUUCAUUGUUUGAUAGAUAUGGAGAACCAUUAAAAACAAAUCAGUAUGGUUCUAGUGCUGUACCUUCAAUUAAAGAUGAAUAUGGUAAUUGUAUUUACAUUAAAUUUAAUCCACAAUUUCCAGGCACAGAUAUUGCAGUUACAAAAUUAUCAGAGUAUUUAUUUGGUCACUGUUCACCAUGUUGUGAAUUAGGUUCAAUAGAAGAACUACCAGUUUUAUUGGUUCAAGAGGUAUAUGGUGAACCAUUAAUUAAUGUUUUAGAGAAAACACCGGAAAUUAUAGAUAAACUUGAUCCAUUAAAUAUUUCAAAACAAUUAAUAAUGGGAAUUUUAACAAAUAAUGCAGAUGGUAAUUUAGGUAAUUUUAUAAUUACUUCAACACCUAAAAAACCAAUUUCUAAAUCAACAAAUAAUCUUGAAGAAUCAUGUGAAAAUAAAUUUAAAAUUUAUUCAAUUGAUAAUGAACAAUGUUUUAUGCCAUCAACUUCAAAACAAACAGAAUCAGAUACUUCACUUUUAAAUAAAUUUAAAUUACAAGUAGAGACAGCAAUUUUAUUAUUCAACCAAAUGAAUGACAAUGUUCAUCAAGAAGUAAUUAAACGUAUAAAAUCAUUAGAUAUUAAUGAAUUUUGCGAAAAAUGGUUACAUUUUUUAGAGAAACAAAAUUCAUUAUCAUUGGUUCAUUUUAAAGAAUUGGGACAACAAUUAAAAAAUCAAAAGAAAACUAUUGUCGGAGUAAAUUUUAUUAAUGAAAUGAUGAAAACUUUUUAUACAAAAUUAGCAAGACUUCAACAUCAUUUAACAAUUGCAGAAGAAAAUAUUACUCAUUUACAAUUAUUAGAAAAAUUAGAACCAAUGAUUGCAGAAAGAAUUAAACCAAUUUUAAUUAGCUCAGCCAAUGAAUCAAUUAUUAAAAGAUAUUGGAAAUUAAAAAAUGGUUGUACACAAACUAUUAUUGUUAGAAAUUCAAGUUAUAAUUUAGAACUUACUAGAUCAAAUAAUCCUUCAGCAUUUUUAGCACAACCAAUUGAUAAACUUAACCCACAAGAUAUUGAAAAUCAACUUUGGGAAGGCCAUUAUGAUCCUGAAAAAGCAUUGAGAGAAUUUAAAGAAAUGAAAAUAGAAUUUUCAAAAAUUAGUCAAAUUUUUAAUAAUAUUAAUGAUGGUGUCAUUGAUAGCAUUUCUGAUUUAGAUUUAACAGAAUUUUUAAAAAAAACAAGUUUUGAUAAUUUAACAAAAGUCCAAAGUAAUAAAAUAUUUGAAACUUUAAAAUCAAGAUCAAUCAAUAUCAUUCAUAUUAAGAAUUGUGAAUAUUUAAAAUUAAGAAUUUUUAAACAUUUUAAUUUAGAGAAAUUAACAGAAAUUGAUUUAUCUGGUUGCACAAAAUUGAAAUGUAUUAGAAAUGGUUUAAAUACAACUUUAACAUUGGCAUCUCUAAAAAUAUUAAUAGUUAGAAAUUGUAUAAAAUUAAUGGAUUUAAAAUUAAAAGCAGAUAAUUUAGAAACUUUAAUAGCAUCAGAUUGUUUUAAAUUAAAAGAAUUUGAAGUUAAUUCACCAAAUUUAAAAAUUUUAAAUUUAAAUUCAUCAAUUAAUAAUCCUUUAAUUUUCAAUUGUUUAAACAAAUAUAAGAAAUUAACAUUUUUAGAUAUUUCAAAAUCAAAGGGAAUACCAGUGAUUGAAUUUGAUUUUCAAGAAUUAAAAUUUUUAGAUGCAAAAUCAAUUGCAGGUUGUAAUAAAGUAAUUUUAGAUUUACCAAAAAUUGAAUUAAUAAUUUUUGAAGGUUGUAAAGAUUUGAGAGAAAUUAAGUCAAAAUCAAAUCAUCAUUUAACAUGGAAGGCUUUAAAAUCAAAUUCAAAUAAAUUAAUCUUUAAUGAAAAACAAAUUAAUUUAAAUUUAAUUGGUCCAGAUUUAAAAGAGUUACCAAUUGGUUGUGAAAGUGAAAUCGAAUUAAUUGAUCCAAAUCAUUUUCAAUUAUAUUAUGGUGAUGUUGAUGAAAUGAAAAAUAAUCAGGAAAAGAAUUAUUAUAAAAUUAAAAGUUUAGUAAUUGGAAAUAUACCAAAAACUGUCAAAUCUUUAAUAUUGCAUGAUUCAUUUUGUCAUUUAUUAUCACCUGGAAUAAUACCUGAUAGUGUAAAAACUUUAAAUCUUUAUGAUAUUAAAGCUCCAUUAGAUGUUGGUUCAAUACCAUCAUCAGUAAAGAGUUUAAUAUUAAAUAAAGGGUUUGGUCGUAUACUAACAGAGGGUAUCAUACCAAAUGGUGUUGAAAAUUUAGAUAUAUAUGAUAUUAAACUUCAAUUAGAGAUUAAAUCAAUACCGUCAUCAGUAAUAUCAUUAAAAUUUCAUGAUGGGUUUAAUCAUGAUUUAAAACCUGGUAUCAUUCCAAAUGGUGUUAGAAAUUUACAAAUUCAAAAUUUAAAAAAACCAUUGGUUAUUGGCUCUAUUCCUCAGUCUGUUAAUAGGUUAACAAUUAAUCAAUCAAUACAAUUUAAAUUAAUACCUGAUAUUAUACCAUCAAAUGUUAACUUUCUUUAUUUAUAUGAUGUUAAAGAAGAAUUACAAAUUGGUUCAAUUCCUUCAAAUGUAAAAUCUUUAGCAUUAAAUUAUAAAUUUAAUUCCCCAUUAUUACCAAAAAUAAUUCCAGAUGGUGUGGAAACCUUAGAUCUAUAUAAUGUAUUACAACCUUUACAGCGCGGUUCAAUACCAUCAUCAGUUGAUACAUUAACUAUUCAUGAUGGAUUCAAUCAGAUUUUAAGGAGAUCAAUCAUUCCAAAUAGCGUUAAAACUCUUCAUCUACAUGACAUAAAACAAAAUUUACAAAUUGGUUCAAUACCAUCUUCAGUAAAAAAAUUGAUACUUCAUGAUAAAUUCAAUCAGAAUUUAUCUGUUGGUAUUAUUCCAGAAGGUGUUGAAUAUUUAUCUUUACAUAAUAUCAUACAAAAUUUAGAAAUUGGUUCAAUACCAAAAUCUAUGUUACAAAUUACAUUUGAAAAAAGUUUUGAUAAAUCAGUACCUCCUUUUGUAAUUCCUAGUGGCACUAAACUUUUAUAUGCAAAUAAAAAUUAA